AUGGAACGAAAGGCAUUCUUAGAUCAAGAGCCACCACCAGGGUAUAUCCCGGGUAUAGGCAGAGGUGCAGUUGGAUUCACCACCAGUGCAGACUCAUUCACUCGAGGUAUUGUUGGUACCAUCAACAACGAAGACGAUGAUGAUAAUGACAACACCAAUGCACCCAACAAUUAUUUAGACAACGAAGGUGGAAUCCUCCUAUCACGAAAAAUACGAGAUGAUGACGAUGAAGAAGCGGAACGAAUCUAUGCGGAGAUUGAAACACGAUUGAAUUCAACUCGAAAACAACCACAGGACCAAGUGGCGACGACAACAUCGACAUCCACGGUAACAACUCAAUUCAACGAUCUUAAGAGAGAAUUAGCAACUGUUACGGAAGAUCAAUGGGCUCUGCUUCCAGAAGCGGGAGAUAUGACACGACGGAAUAAAAGAAUGCGAAUCCUUGAACAACAACAACAACGAACCUAUGCCACUCCCGAUUCCAUCAUCGCAGGUGCAGCAGCUGGUGGUAGUAGUUCGACUAAUUUUAAAUCAAUUUCAGAAUCUCGGGACAAAUUACUCAGUUCCCAAUUAGACAACCUCCUCCCCACCACCACUACAACAGACACCGAACUCGAGAAAUCAAUCAUGAAUAUGACAUCUGGUCGAGAUCAAGAUUCAAAAAUCGCCGAUGUCAGAAAAGCAAGAUUAAUUCUUGGCUCAUUGAGAAAAAGUGAACCAUAUCGACCAAGUUCGUGGAUCCUGUCAGCCAGAUUAGAAGAAGAAGCACGAAAUUUCAAACAAGCGAAAGAAUUCGUAAAACUGGGAUGUAGGUUGAUCCCGAAGAGUGAGGAAUUAUGGUUAGAGAAUAUUCGUCUUCAUGAACGAGAUGUGAAGGAAUGUAGGAAUAUCGUUAACAUGGCAUUGGAAUAUUUAUCAAAUUCGGAAAAAAUUUGGAUGAGGGCUUUUGAAUUAGAACAACGGGAUCCUGUGGCACGAAGAAGGGUGUUGAUGAAAGGAUUGGAGGAGUUACCGAAUAGUGCGACAUUAUGGAGGAAACUUAUCGAUUUGGAAGAUGAUCAAGAAACGGUGAAGAAAUUGUUUAUCAAAGCGGUGGAAUUAUGUCCUGGAGAAUGGGAUUUCUGGUUGGGGUUGAUUAAUAUUUCGACAUAUCAAGAUUCGAAAAUAUAUCUCAACAAAGCGAGAAAGGGAGGUAUGAAAGGUGAUCCAAGGGUUUGGAUUGCAGGGUGUAAAUUAGAAGAACGUGAACGAGGGGAGGAUAUGGAGCAAGGAAAACUUAACAAAUUGAUGAAUAAAGCCUUUGCCGAACAAGAACAGAAUGAUGACAAGAAAUGGACGAAGGGUAUGUGGUUCGAGAAUGCAAAUACGGCCAAUUCAGAAGGGUUUGGUAAGACUGCCAAAGCAAUAGUGUUUGGGUACUUGGAUUCACAAAAGCUGGUUGAUUAUAUGGUGAUUCUUGAAGAUGCUGAUGAAAUGUACAAAUCGGGGAAUAAGAAUAUUGGAAAUUGUCUUUUGGAAUAUAUCAUGAAUCAUAAUCCUAAUGAUAUUGAAUGUUGGAAGAAAUUAAUCAAAGCAGCAAGAAAAUGGUUAACCAAUGAUUUAGAUACAUUAUUCAAAUAUUAUGAAAAAGCAAUUGAAUUUAAUCCCGACUAUGUGUUAUUCCAUCUCAUGUAUGCCAAGGACAUCUGGAAACUCAAACACGACAUCCCACAAGCCAGAUCCAUCCUCUACAAAGCCCGAGGCUCCAUCACCAAAACCACCAAACAAUCAUUCGAACAAAUCAACCUAGCAAUCAUCAAACUCGAACUCGCAACCCACAACUUCGACAACGCCCUAAAAUUCACCACGACCCUAACAAAAACCCAUCCUACAGACACCCCGAAAUAUUGGUAUAAACACAUCCACAUCCUUCGCUCCCUCAACCCAGACUCUCCUCCCCUCGCCGAAUCAAAACAAGCACUCACGUAUUUCCCAACCAACACAAAACUCCAUCUCCAACACAUCCAAAUCCUUCUCCAUGACACCCAACAACCAAAAGUCGCCCGUGAAGCCGCCUCGAUCGCCGUCAAGCAACUCCCUGACGCCAUACCCAUCUGGCUCCUCUUGGCCCAUAUCGACGAUCAAUAUCUCCAUACUAAAAUCAGAGCCCGUUCUGUUCUCGAUACAGCCAUCCAACACAAUCCCAAAAAUGACGAGCUCUGGGUUGCUAAGAUUCGAUUAGAAAUCGGAGCCCAGGAUUUGGUUAUGGCUCGACAAUUAGUAAACCGAGGCUUGAAACAAUUCCCGCAAUCGCCGGGCUUGUGGGUGAUAUAUCUAAGUUUGAUACCUAAGAUGUCACAUCGAAAGACGGGGUUUUUGGAUGCGUUGAAAAAGACGGAGAAUUCGCCGGGCGAUGAAGGCUGA